AGUGCCAUCUGAGAUUCAUUCACAGCCGUGGAAAGACCUGUCCGCCCAGGCUCUGUGGGCAUAGAGAAGAAACUGAUCCUCCUUUGAAAAUGGCACUUCCCAACCAACAAGCCGAAGAGCUGCGGCUCUACCAGCAAACUCUUCUUCAAGACGGGCUCAAGGAUAUGCUGGACCACAAUAAAUUUAUAGAUUGCGUUUUGCGGAUCCAGGGAAAAGAGUUCCCCUGCCACCGCCUGGUCCUGGCAGCCUGCAGCCCCUACUUUCGUGCCAUGUUCCUCUCGGACUUAGAAGAGAGCAAGAAGAAGGAGAUCGACCUUGAAGACGUGGAUCCCGACGUGAUGGGGAAGAUCCUUCACUACAUCUACACCUCGGAGAUCGAGAUCACCGAGAAAAAUGUCCAGGAUAUAUUCUCAGUGGCCAACAUGCUCCAGAUCCCUUCCAUAUUCACUGUGUGCGUAUCAUUCCUUCAGAAGAAACUGUGCCUUAGUAACUGCUUGGCUAUCUUCCGGCUGGGCCUCAUGUUGGAUUGCCCUCGCCUGGCGGUCUCGGCGCGCGAUUUCCUCUGCGAUCGUUUUAACCUCAUCACCAGGGACGAGGAGUUCAGCCAGCUCUCCCCCGAUGAGCUCAUUGCUGUUAUCUCCAGCGACUCCCUCAACGUGGAGAAGGAAGAGGAUGUAUUUCAGGUGGUCAUGAAGUGGGCGGCCAAGGAUAAAGAGAACCGGGUCAAGGACUUGCCGGUCGUCUUUGAAAGCGUUCGGUUUCGCCUGAUACCCGAAGACUACAUCAAGAACAAUGUGGAGAAACACGAGCUGGUCAAGUCAAACUCCGAACUCUUGAAAAAGCUCCAGAUGGUCACCGACGCCCAAGGCGGCAAACUACCGGUGCUCAGAAAGAAAGCGGCGCCGCAGAGCAAAGACGGGGAGAAAGUUGUCAAUGGUGACGUGAAGGAGGAAGAGGAGGAGGACGAAGAAGUCUUACCGGGAAUUCUAAAUGACACUCUGAGAUUCGGCAUGUUCCUGAAGGACCUUAUCUUCAUGAUCAGCGACACCGGAGCCGUGGCCUAUGACCCAAUUGCCAACGAAUGUUUUUUUGCCUCGUUGUCCGCUCAGAUCCCUAAGAAUCACGUCAGUUUGGUCACAAAAGAGAACCAGAUUUUCGUGGCUGGUGGACUUUACUACAACGAGGAGAGCAAGGAAGAGCCACUGAGCUCCUACUUCCUGCAGUUCGACCACCUGGACUCGGAUUGGCUGGGAAUGCCGCCCGUUCCCUCCGCUCGCUGCCUCUUCGGCCUCGGGGACUCGGAGAAUACCAUCUACCUGAUUGGCGGGAAGGAGCUGAAGGAAGGAGAGCAGACCCUGGACACCGUCCUGUGCUACGAUCGCCCGUCCUUCAAGUGGGGGGAGUCGGACCCCCUUCCCUAUCCGGUGUACGGACACGCCGUGGUCUCCCACGACAACCUGGUCUAUGUCAUCGGGGGGAAGGGAAGCGAUAAGAAAUGUCUGAACCGUCUUUGCGUCUACAACCCCAAGAAGUUCGAGUGGAAGGAUUUGGCGCCUAUGAAGACGGCUCGCUCUCUGUUUGGGGGCACCAUCCACAACGGGAAGGUCCUUGUCGCCGCCGGAGUCACGGACACCGGGCUCACCAAUACCAUGGAGGCCUAUGACAUCAAGACCAACAAGUGGGAAGAUUUCACCGAGUUCCCCCAGGAGCGCAGCUCCCUCAGCCUGGUCAGCAUGGGCGGAACGCUUUUCGCCAUCGGAGGAUUCGCCACGGUGGAGAGUGAGACCGAAGAACUGGUGCCCACAGAACUGAACGACAUCUGGAGGUAUAACGAGGAUGAGAAGAAGUGGGAGGGAAUUCUCCGCGAGAUCCGUUACGCCGCCGGAGCGACUUUCAUCCCCGUGCGCCUCAACAUACUGCGACUCACAAAAAUGUAACGGGGAUUCCGACGCGGGGAGCUGGACGUGACGCGGCG